AUGAAAGUUUUUGAGAGAAUACUGGAUGGAAAAAUAAGAGAGAAGAUUGAAACAAAUCUAGAGGAAACGCAAAGCGGCUUCAGAAAGGGAAGAAGUAUACAAGACCACAUAUUCACGUUGAAAAUACUGAUUGAAAGGGCGAAACAAAAAGAUGGUAGGAUAUACAUGGGUUUUGUGGAUUUGGUGAAGGCUUUUGACAGAGUUAAAAGAAGGAAAUUAUGGAAAAUUCUGGAAGAGAGGGGAAUGAACAAGAAAAUUGUAAGACUUGUUAAGAAUGUGUAUGAAUUGAACAGGAAUAGAAUUAUCAGCCACAACCGAACAUCUGGAGAAUUCAGUACAAAAAUAGGUUUAAGACAAGGAGGUAGUUAG